AUGGAUGCUCUAACUCCAGCGCUUGGGAAGACCAAGUCUAAAGGGUUGACAUGUCUUGGACCUGAUUUUGUGUACGGAACUGUUGCGACCAUCCAGGACGGAGGAGUCUUAGAAGCCUUGUCCAACUGGCACACACAGUCCCUACCCACCAGUGGCAGUAGAGGCCACUCCAGGAGGCCUGGGAAGGACUUUGUGGCUCUGAACUGCGAGGGGGUGAAGUCUGGCCUGGUGACUGCCAAGGAGCAUUAUCAGUACCGCGCCACCCACGACAGGAGACAAGCCUCCCUUGCCAGAAGGGGCUUCCGUGUCCCUGUGCCCCCUCGCAUCCCCCCUGACACUACCUUUGGCAUCUCGACACAGCCAUCCACUUCCAUCUGUGAGCUGCUGGAGCACAAGUACGCCCAGCGCUGGUUAGAGGAGCAGCAGGCCAAGGAGAGAGCCCUGGAGGAGAGGCAGCUCAACUUGCCUAAGCUGGGCCGCAUCCAGGAGACACGGACAACUCUGUUGAGGAAGAGUCGGUCGGUGCCCGAGUCCACCCCGCUGUGGAAGCUUCCCCGCUUCCAGCAGGUUGGCCCAGCUCUGGACACCUUCCGGGAUCCAUAUGCUAGAAAGAAGGCCUUCAAUGCACACUUCUCAGACUCAGUGGCACGGACAGGACAGCUGGGCCAGGGAACCUACACUGUGGGCUAAAACAUACAUAGAGAAGAGUCUGUAGUAACUGUUGGGGUAGGGAGUAGGGGGACAAAGUCUUAUUUUCCAACCAGCCUUAAUCAAAUUGCUCUCAGAUGCAAUCAACAUAUAUAUAUAUAUACAUAUAUAUAUAUAUACAUAUAUA